UUAUUUGCACCAACUGAUCAUAUCCGACUUUCUUAAAAUCGAAAGGUCUGUCGCCAAGGCUUGUCCCUGUCUUCAAUCUUAACAAUUUCAUUUUCAUGGCCACGCCAUUGAUGCUCCUAGUUUUAUUAUUGGCAUUUUUCUGUCCGCCUUCCUCUUCAUCCUCUGAUGCGCUAUGGGCGGGUUCAUCUCUCUCAGUGGAGAAAAAAGGCGAUGUGUUGGUUUCACCCGGUGGAACUUUCAGUGCUGGUUUCCACCCUGUUGGCCACAGUGCUUAUUCCUUUUCCAUAUGGUUCAACAAUCCAUCCUGCAAUGCUACUGCUAGCAAUUGCACCAUAGUUUGGAUGGCCAAUCGGGAUCAACCAGUUAAUGGUAGACGCUCAAAGCUUUCCCUAUCGACAUCAGGUAACCUUGUUUUAAAAGAUGCUGGUCAGAUCCUUGUUUGGGAGACGAGAACUGCCUCAAAAUCCCUUCCCAAGUUAAAACUUGAUGAUGACGGUAAUCUCAUCCUGUCUAGCUUGGAAGGCCAUAUAUUGUGGCAAAGCUAUGAUUCACCCACGGAUACUCUGCUUCCUCUUCAACCAUUCAAUGAGAGCUCUAAGCUCAUAUCAUCAAGAAGCCAAGGAAGCUACUCAUCGGGUUAUUUUCAGCUUUAUUUUGAUACUGAUAAUGUUCUUUGCCUUGUUUACAAAGGUCCUGAGUUUUCAAGCGUUUACUGGCCUAGUCCAUGGCUUUUGAGAUGGGAAGCUGGAAGAUCCACGUUCAAUAAUAGCAAAAUUGCAGCCCUGGAUACUUUGGGCAAGUUUACAUCAACUGAUAAUUUUACUUUCUUGUCGGCUGAUUAUGGCUCAAAGGUUUCAAGACUGUUGAAGUUGGAUUUUGAUGGCAAUAUUCGACUGUAUAGUCUAAAAGAAAAUGGAGAAACUUGGGUCGUUUCAUGGCAAGCCUUCCCUCAACCAUGUAUGGUUCAUGGAUGCUGUGGACCGAACAGCAUUUGCAUUUAUACUCCUAAUUUUGGAAGGAAAUGCGAUUGCAUUCCAGGAUAUAAAAUGAAGAAUAAUUCUGAUUGGUCUCUUGGAUGUGAACCAAAAUUUCUUCUUCCUUGUAACCGACCUGAUCAGGUUGGUUUCCUGAAACUUCGCCAUGUUGAAUUCUAUGGCUAUGAUCUGGACAUGUUUCCUAAUGUCACUUUAGAGGAUUGCAAGAAUAAGUGCUCGAAGUUGUGUGAUUGCAAAGGUUUUCAGUUCAGAUUUAUUAAAGCUCAUGAACCAGCUGGUACAUAUUGCUAUGCCAAGACACAAUUGUUGAAUGGACAUCGCCCCCCAAAUUUUAAUGCUGAUUUCUACUUGAAAGUGCCCAAGGCUACUGUCUCCUUGUACAAUAACGCUACCGGUCAACAUUCAAAGUUACAAUGUUCCAACAAAGUGCAGACCCUGGAACGAACGUAUUCCAAAACGCCUGAAAAUGAGCCGCUGAAAUUUGCACUUUGGGCGGUAUGUUCAGUCGGAGGGCUGGAGUUUGUUGUCAUUUUCUUGGUAUGGUGUUUCUUGAUUAGAAACAAUGACGACACAAGCCCAAUGGCAGGCAAGCUUCUUGCUGUCACAGGCCUCAGAAAAUUCACCUGGGCAGAGCUGAAAAAGGCGACAAAUAGUUUCUCCCAAGAGAUUGGAAGAGGUGCAGGAGGAAUCGUCUUCAAAGCCACUCUCUCCGAUGGUCGAGUUGCGGCAAUCAAAACACUCACUGAUGCCAAACAAGGGGAAGCUGAAUUCCUAGCAGAAGUGAACACCAUUGGAAAGCUUAAUCACAUGAACCUGAUAGAGAUGUGGGGCUACUGUGGAGAGGGAAAACAUAGGCUUCUGGUGUAUGAGUAUAUGGAACAUGGAUCAUUGGCCGAAAAUCUCUCUUUAAAAGCACUCGAUUGGAAAAAGAGAUUCGAUAUUGCUGUGGGAACCGCAAGAGGCUUAGCUUAUUUACAUGAAGAAUGUUUGGAAUGGGUUCUCCAUUGUGAUAUAAAACCUCAUAACAUUCUCAUAGACUCUAAAUUCCAGCCUAAAGUGUCAGAUUUUGGCCUGUCUUGGCUUCUAAAUAGAGGCGAUGUUAAGCGUUCAAACAUCUCGAGGAUCCGAGGAACUAGGGGUUACAUGGCACCUGAGUGGGUGUCAAAUUUGCCCAUCACCUCUAAAGUUGAUGUCUAUAGCUAUGGGAUAGUUUUAUUGGAGUUAGUGACAGGAAGAAGCCCAGCAAUGGGAACCACAGUGACAGAUGAUGGAAGUCCAAAAGAGAAAACAACGCUGGCAGCAUGGGCGAGAGAGAACAUGGCAAGUGCUGGAGAGACCGAAACAUGGAAGCACGAGAUAAUCGAUCCCAAGCUGGAAGGGAUAUACGAUGAGGCUGAGGUGCUAAAUCUGGUUACUGUGGCUCUGCAAUGCGUUCAGGAAGAUAAAGACGCGAGACCAACGAUGCGUGAAGCAGUUGAGAUGCUACUUCGUAAUGAAAACCAUUGAAGGCCAAAGUGUCUCCACUAGAUAUUAAUUAUCAUUAAUAAACUAGGUGAUAUGGUACGUAACUUCAAUGGUUUUCAAUGGUUUACCGUACAUAAAUAAACUAGGUGAUAUGGUGAGUGGUUAUCCAUUUGUACGUAACUUCAUAAAUAAACUAGGUACGUGAUAUGGUAACUGGUUAUUCAUUUCAGACUUUUAGAGUAAACGCAUGGCAUGUAGCUUCGUAAAUAGAAAAA